GUGUGAGGAACCCCCCGGCAGCACGGAUCCUCCUCCUGCAGAACCCUGCGCCUCAUGCGGCAGAACCUGGACGAGGAGGCCAAGAUCAUGAAGGACGUUCCCGGUUGGAAGGUUGGCGAGUCCCUGUUCCACACCGACCGCUGGGUGCCCCCGACUUUGGAUGAGCUCUACUACCUGCGCCCGACUGCUGAGAUGGACAACGAGAAGUUUGGGCUGCAGUACUACGUCUGAUUGGCGGCCCCACGGGGCUGCGGGGGGCUCAGCAUUAAACCCGUGCGGGUACCCGGCGAGCUGUGUGUGCUCCACUCCUUUCUCCCUGGUCGGAAACCUCGUGGGGCACUCCCUGCCUGGCAGCACCAUGAGGCUGCAGCAGAGCUGUGUGGGGUGGGAUCGGGGUGCUGCCCGUGUCUUUGUUGCUGGGGCUGCUGGUGGUGGUGGUGGUGGAAGCAGGGGAAGGGCUGUGAGGGGCUGCCGUUGCCCCAAGUUCCCAGUGGGGCUGAGUGCCCGCAGUCACAGUGGGAAAGGGUCCCUCGGCGUCGCAGUUGUUGGGGUUUGGAGGUCCCAAGGACUUUGAGGGCACCCCUCUUGCAGCGUCUGCAGGGAGCGGGGCUGAAAUCCCGCUGGGUUCUGGUGCUUGGAAGGCGGAAGGCGCCGUGUCCUGGGAGGGCUCGGGCAUCCCUGGCGCUUCCACACUGCCUGCGGGUUUCUCUGCAGCCCUCCCGGCAGCACCGCCCGCGGGGGACAAGAGUGGCGGGGGGAGCCCGGCUGGGGCGGGGGCAGCCAGAGCCGCCUCCCACCGGGCGGCACCGCACAGCGCCGUAAGGACCAUCGCUGCCGCUGCUCCCGCAGGGCUCAUCCCGCUCUUCCCGUCCCGGUCGGUGCCCACCAUGAGCUCCGUUCCCGGUCCCUCCCGGGAGCCCCCGCGAUACCUCAGCAAGGCGGAGGCGGAGGCUAUCGAGAAGGAGCUGCUGGAGGAUUACCGCUUCGGGCGGCAGCAGCUGAUCGAGAUCUGGGGACACGCCUGUGCCGUGGCCGUCACCAAGGCCUUCCCUCUGCCAUCCCUCCCACGGAAGCAGCCCACAGUGCUGGUGGUGUGCGGCCCUGCACAGAACGGGGCCAUCGGGCUGGUGUGCGCACGGCACCUGCGCAUCUUUGACUAUGAGCCCACCAUCUUCUACCCCAAACGCUCCCUGGACCCCCUGUACCGGGACUUCACCACUCAGUGUGAGAAGAUGGACAUCCCCUUCCUCUCGUACCUCCCCACCGAGGUGCAGCUGAUCAAUGAUGCCUACAAUGCGGUGGUGGAUGCAGUGCUGGGGGCUGAGGCGGAGCUGGGUGAGGGCAGGGGGCCGUGUGCUGGCAUCCUUGCCACCCUAAAACACGUCCGCAUCCCCAUUGUCAGCCUGGAUGUGCCCUCAGGGUGGGAUGUGGAGGCGGGCAGCAGUGGUGGGAUCAGCCCUGACGUGCUGGUGUCCCUGAUGGCCCCCAAGCAAUGCGCCCGCCGCUUCCUGGGCCGUCAGCACUUCGUGGCCGGCCGCUUCGUGCCCUACGACGUGCAGAAGAAGUUUGAGCUCAACCCUCCUGAGUACCCGGGCACUGAGUGCGUGGUGGCCCUGAGUGCCCCGCAAUAAAGUGCUGGGACUGCUG